AUGAUGACCAUGACUACGAUGGCUAACGGUCUGGAGGCUCAGGACUCGUCCAAGUCGGCUUUCAUGGAGUUUGGUCAGCAGUCCCACUCACAACAGAGCUCUCCGUCGAUGGCUGCCAGCCACUACCCGCUGCACUGUCUCCAUUCCGGGUCGCACCCAGCUCACCAUCAGCACGAUAACUCUCCGUACUCCGGCAACAAUUCUUACAACAGGUCGCUACCGUACUCCUACGUGAGCCACCCCCACCACAGCCCGUACCUGCCGUCCUACCACAAUAACACCACUGGCGGUCAGACAAGGUUAGACAGCACAGAGCAGCAGAAAACAACAGUGAUUGAAAACGGAGAAAUUCGUUUCAACGGGAAAGGCAAGAAGAUUCGCAAACCUCGGACGAUUUAUUCUAGUUUGCAGCUUCAAGCUUUAAAUCACCGUUUUCAGCAAACACAAUACCUCGCCCUGCCAGAACGCGCUGAGCUAGCUGCUUCUCUCGGACUAACACAGACACAGGUAAAGAUAUGGUUCCAGAAUAAAAGGUCAAAGUUCAAGAAGCUGCUGAAGGCAGGUGGCAACCCACACGAGAGCGACCCUACUAUGCCUGGUUCCAUCGGCCUGUCUCCCCGCUCUCCAGCAAUUCCUCCAAUAUGGGACGUGUCAGCGUCCAGCAAAGGAGUUAACAUGGCGGCCAACGGCUACAUGCCCGGGUAUUCUCACUGGUACUCCUCCCCACAUCAAGAGACAAUGCAGAGAUAG